AUGUCCGAGACUACGAUUGCCUACAAAGACCUAGUAAAAUUUGCAAUAGUUGACAUGGUUGUCCACGAUGUCAACGAGGAAAGAUUAAAAACAGCCCUGAUUUUAGACUUUUGGUUGUCUACAUUUGGUUACAAGCUGUAUUGCUCCUAUCCAACGCUAAAAGACAUUAAACCGUGUAACUGGAAAAAACCAGUAAAGGAUAGACAGUAUCCUGGCCCAAAUUGGACAUCCUGGCCUGUAGUUCACCGCAGAGAUUUUGAUGAUUAUACUUCUGGAAGGGAAUACGAGAAAACUGCAUCAAAGAAGACUGACAUUGAGUCAGCGCAUGAAUCUAAAAGAGGAAAAGGGAAAAGAAGCAGGAGACCUCCAGCACGAUAUUUACCAGACUAUGUGAACUCUUCAGAAGAUGACAGUAAUGAAGAAUUCACUUCUAAAAUUCAAUUGCUAUCUGCUUUACCAAAGCCACCUCCCACAGUUGGUAAUUGAA